AUGUCCAUCGCCUUGAAAACAGUUUUUCUUUUAAUUCAUGUAGUAAUUAUUAAUUCGAUAUAUAUCAACAGGUGAGAUAUCAAUCAUAUUCCCCCUUUUUCAAAACUUCUCAAACCAGUACCGAGUGCGGACGCACAAAGAUGUGCCUUUUCCGACCUCUCGGAUGCGAUCCAAACCUCGACUGCACCAUCGGAGUGGCUCUCUCGAUCAUCGGUCCAAACCAAAUGAAAGUUCAGAUGGUUGCUGCGGUAAGACUUUUCACGACUUCCUGCAACCCGAAAAAGUCGACCUUGAUUGUUUUGUUUUUUCUCUGCAGACUAUCGUUCCGCCCGUACAACAACAAUAUGUCGCCAUCGCGUUUUCGCAUGAUACCUACAUGGUGAGUUUGCGACCAGCAACCAGAAAGUUGAACGAAAUUACCGGAUUGGAACGACUGAAAUUGACGUGCCCGUGGUCUUUUGCCUGCGGUAGUCUGUUUCAUUUCAAGCUGCAUUAAGACAUUAUAGUUUCCGCAAGAUAGGGGAUACUUUAAAAGUAUAAAGUUCCGUGACCUGUAACUGGACAUAUUACAUCCGAACUGUUGAACUUUAUCUAUCAUCUUUCCAGGGUAACGAUUCAGUCAGUGAAUGCGUUAUCAGUAACAUGGGAGAAUUCGUUGGCUACGAACCGGAAGUAUAUCUUUCCUACAACAAAGGUGAGUCUCUCGCAUUAUUUAAGUAGAUUAGAACACAAAAGGAAUGGAAGUAUAUAGUGUUCCCAGGAAAGUCGAACGAUCGCGUUUUCCUGAACGACGAUGAGCACGCGGAGCUGUUCACGGAACUGGCCGGUCAAGUAGUUGACAGCCGACUCGUCUGCGAGUUUAAUCAACAAAUCAUGCCCCAGAUUGAUAAUAAGAAUGGCCUCGUAUGGAAUCUAAACUCUCCGUUCUUCCUGAUGGCUGCAACUGGUUCAGCUCAACCGGACGGUACUUGAAAAUCCUAUAACAACGUUCUACUUCAUAUUUUCCUUUCUAGAAGUGAACGUCCAUGAGCUUAAUCGUGAAUCACACUCUUUCCCGAUAAUUUCCACAGAAAAAUUCAAUCCAGUCGUCUUUGCCAAUAAUGUAAGUGUUUGCCCUUUCAAGUAUUUUGAAGUUUUCAAAAUCAUUUCUUUUUAGUUCUCCCAUCCAACCGGAUUUGUCCCCAAGAUCAACACCAACCGAGUGGAGAAACGAGUACUCCGACCGACAGUACCUUCAAAAUCAGCCACAUCUCUUCUACCUCUUCUCACUUUUGCCCUCACAUUGCUUGUCGUUCCAGUCUAA